AUGAGAAUAGCAUUCGACCUCGGUCUCCAUAUCGACAGCGCUGGAUAUGUGGCUCAAGGUAUCUUGACUGUGGCCGAAGCUCGUGCCAGACAAGUGGCUUUCUGGGGCUGUUAUCUAUCAAACCUGCUCUGGAGCUUUCACCUUGGUCGUCCCUUCUCGCUAGAUGACAGCGAAGUGACGGUACCAAAGCCCGACCCAAAGACUCUGCCAACAAAUCCCACUUGGCAGCCUUAUUCCAUCCCUUCGCUCCAGUUUGUUCCUGGCACUACGCAACAUGACGCUUCUCAGCUACCAGACAUUACGCCACAGAUCUUCCACCACUGGAUUUUCUUGUGUCAGAAUAUCGCCGUCGUAGGCCAUGCACUCUAUUCAUACACAUCAAUAUCCAAACCAGCACUUCAAGAACUUUGCGAAGAAACCACGACCGAGUUGUUCCAUUGGAAAGACUCUCUACCUCCUCAUCUCCAAAUCGACACUUCCGACACUGGCACUGUAAAAUUGCCACAGCUGCUCAUGUUGCAUAUGGAAUACCAUCACCUCCAGAUAUUUCUGCACAGACCAUGGACAAGCUCGCAGUUGCAACCGCAGCCUCUGCAAGGAGCAGGUGUACACCAUGCCCGCCAUGUCUGCGCAACGUCCGCGACAGAGAUCGCUCGCCUUCUCCGCAUAUACGAGAACCAGUAUACUUUCCGCUUCAUCAAUAGAGAUUGA